UCGAGAGCCGGAGAGGGAGGCGGAGCCGUAAGCACGCCGUGAACUGGCUGAAGCUUUUUGGACUCCGCUGGGCUGCUCCUCCUGACGGGGCUGGGCUGCUGGCGGGCAAGACGGGCAGAGGGCGGCGGCGGGGGAAGACGAGCCGCCGCACACGGAUACCUUUCCCUGCCGCGAAGACGACGGAGAAGCAGCGGCACAAACCGCCUUGCCAGCCACCAAUUUCGACCAGCAGCAGCCAGCAGCCCUCGCUCCGUGUGCGUGUGUCUACUCCGACUUGACCAGCGUUGCCAUCGAGCGAUGCGCUUCGACGACCACCAGGAGAUCCACCUUUCGGGUUUGCUUUUGCUUGCCCGCACAUUUUGACUGUUGACAAUCGCUCUCGCGCUAGCACGAGCAACAAAACGAGGGCUGUCAACUUGGACCGGCCUUAUCUUUAAUUCUUGCUCGAUGCGCUUGGGAGUAACAAAAGGCGAGAAUGUUGUGGGAAGGGACCGCCUCUCCGGACACCUAACAUUUAUGACACUUCGCUGCUUAUUUGCCUUUCAUUGAAAGAAGAGAGGAGGACUACAUUGACGAAGAGUCGCCUGGUUCGACUCUGAGCAGCAGGCGGGACUUUGCUUUGGCCGAGUUUGGAGGCGCUUUGAAGGUGUGGUCAUGCUUUCCCUGGACGAGCCACUGGACCUGAAGCUCCCUCGGCGGCCCAACGGACGGGACCGUGGGUCGCGUUCACCAACUCUCUCGCCGACGAUCCCCAAAAAGGCUCGCCAUUUGCGCAUGACGGACGAUGGUACCGCGGUUAUUGAUCCCGCCUCCCCGGCGUCCCCGCACACAGGUAUGCAGGUCGUCUCCCACGACCGAACAGAUACCCCCACGCCUCCUGCAGUGGAUUUGAGCAUGUCUCCUUCCUCCCUUCGCCACACGCCCACCUCACCCGAGAUGACGAAUGGGAGCUACGCUACCGCAGUGACUUCACAGCUGUCGCAAGCCUUUCAGUUUUUUGUGCCGAUCGGAGCUGGGGCGGGACUUCACCUGCCGUCAUCCAUGUUCGUUGGCCAGACGAGUGAUAAAAGGGCCUCCCCGGACCUCUCGUCAGAUGAACAGCUGGCUUGCCGCUGGAAGAAGUGCCGCCUGCUCUUUGACUCACUUCAAGACCUAGUGGACCAUGUCAACGACUUCCACGUCAAGCCGGAGAAGGAGACGGGGUACUGUUGCCAUUGGGAGGGCUGCGCUCGCAAAGGGAGGGGGUUCAACGCCAGGUACAAGAUGCUUAUCCACAUCCGCACGCACACCAACGAGAAGCCUCACCGCUGUCCCACUUGCAACAAGAGCUUCUCGCGCCUCGAGAACCUCAAGAUACACAACCGCUCACACACGGGUGAAAAGCCCUACAUCUGCCCGUAUGAGGGCUGCAACAAGCGCUACUCCAACUCAAGCGACCGCUUCAAACAUACGCGCACACACUAUGUGGACAAGCCCUACUACUGCAAAAUGGUGGGCUGCCUGAAGCGCUACACAGACCCCAGUUCUCUCCGCAAGCACAUCAAGGCCCACGGCCAUUUUGUGGCGCAGGAGCAGGGCUCGCCGGGCGGAGUGGGGUCCUUGCUGAAGGGAAGUCAAAGUGGGGGUUUCGCUAGCGGAGGGGCUAAUGAGUCAGAGAUGUCGUACGUGAGUGGGGCUCACAUUAUCAUUCCAGGGUCAGGAGCUGCUCUCCUGGGCGCCCACACUCUUCAGGGCCUGGGCGGAGCUCUUCCCAUGUCCCCCCUCAGUCCUCGGCCCCUGGACCUCAGCACGUUGGGUUGCCCUAACUCCCCGCCAGGCAGCUUGGGAGGGGCUCCUGCCCUAUCGUUCAGUGGCUCCCCGCUCGCCCUGGCCAAGUCACCCCUGCUCUCUACGGCGUUGGCCUCCUCAACCCUCGGCAUUCCCAUGAUGCCCAUGCCGGGGGCGGGCGCCGAGCGCAGGGCCCCGAGCCUGCGGGCCAAGAGGGGUCGAGGGGAGGAGGCUGAGAAGGAGGUGACUGGGGGGGUGCUUAACCUUUCCACAGGAGGGUCUUAUGAUUCUUUGUCCUGGGUGGUCAUCCCCCCGGGCGCUGUGGUGCUCAAGCCAGCUGUGGUCAACUGAUACAUGCAUACACAUUCCAGAAGAGCUCACGGGGUCGGUGGUGGGGUGGAUCGGGUCGCACAAUAGCUUGAAAGAGUGCGGCAUAUGUACAACAAUAUGGAGACCAUAUUUAAUGAAAGUUGCAGAACGCAGGCCUCUUCGGUUGUCAAGGGGCUCAAGAAGAUUUCUAGAACAGGCCGAAAAGGGCUCCUCGCUUUUCUAAUUUUGUACAUUUCUUCAUUCCUUGUUUGCCGGUCUCUGUGGACGGAGCCCAUGAACGUGAAAGUCUUCUACAAGUCCUUCUAUUCUAUCCAGUAUUUAUGAAAGAUUAUCGACAGUGUGCCUCUAGCCAAGCAGUGAGAUAGACAAAGCCCGCAAAGAAACACAAGGACGCACUCAGCGCUGGGCAAAUGUGCACAUGAUUUUUUUUUUUUUUAACUUUGAAACAUAUAACGCACAGGCUUCUGUGAUUCGUACGAUUCCGACGAACUUGCCAGACCAAAGCAAGUGAACGUAAAGCGUCUUAAACGGUUCAGUUACACACAGCACUUAAAAAAAUAAAUAAAAGGUUAGCAUCACAAAAUCUCAAAACUGCUGCUAACCU